UUCAAUGUACAAUAUUCCUUGGAAACAACUAUUUUCUUUCAGUUCCUACUACCGCCAAUCAUGCUGGAAUCUGGAUAUUUUCUAUAUAACAAAGUCUUCUUUAGCAAUCUUGGCACUAUCUUAUUAUUUGCAUUUAUUGUAAGUUAUUGUUCGCUAUUUGGUUGUGUUGUUGGUGGCUUAACAGGAAUUGCUCCUAGUAACAUGACUUACCUGCACAGUCUGGUAUUUGGCAGCUUAAUUUCUGCUGUAGAUCCAGUAGCAGUAAUUGCAGUAUUUGAUGACGUCCACGUCAAUGAGCAGUUAUACUUUUUAGUAUUUGGGGAAUCAUUACUUAAUGAUGCUGUUACUGUGGUACUAUAUAAGUUAAUGUACGCAUUAAGCCUUUUGCCUACUAUCGAAGGCGGGAUGGUUGCUCUCGGCAUCUUUUCCAUGUUUGUUGUCAGUAUCGGUGGGAUUGUUAUUGGUUUGCUUUAUGGCAUGCUGGCGGCAUUUUUCACUAAAUAUACUCGCCAUGUUGAAAUCUUGGAACCAAUGCUUAUCCUUGUGAUUGCUUAUAUGUCUUACCUUACAGCAGAGAUGCUUGAAUGGUCCGGUAUCAUGAGUAUUGCAACGUGCGGGCUAGCUUUAAAACAUUACGCUGAAUCCAACAUAACUAAUGGGUCACUUAUAACCUUAAAGUACUUUCUAAAGUCAUUAAGCUCUAGCGCGGAAUCUAUUAUUUUCUUGUUCCUUGGUCUAUCAUUAUUUAAAGUUAAACAUCAUUGGGAUAUUGGCUUUAUUCUUUGGACUCUAUUGUUUUGCCUAGUAUUCCGAAUUUUGGGUGUUGUGAUCUUUACGUUCCUGGUCAAUAAAUAUAGACACCAUAAAAUUGAUAUCGUUGAUCAAUUUAUUAUGAGUUAUGGCGGACUUCGAGGAGCUGUAGCAUUUUCACUUGCUGUCUUGCUCAAUCAUGAGAAAGUGCCAGCUAAAGAUCUAAUGACUACGACGGCUUUAGUUGUCAUUCUAUUUACUGUUUUUAUACAGGGUAGCACAAUUAAACCUUUAGUUAACCUACUACACGUCAAG